UUUGGGCCGGGCAGGGAGUGUCCAGCGGCCGGAGCACGGGCUGCGGGGAGACUACAUGACCUCGGGCCCCCGGGGCCAUGGGGAAGAAGCUGGUGACGGCGCAGAAGCGCGGCGAGACGCGGGCACUCUGCCUGGGCGUGGCCAUGGUGGUCAGCGCGGCCAUCACCUACUACGUGCUGGGCACCACCCUGCUGCCCCUCCACCUCCACAGCGUGUGGACCCAGAAGUCCACGUGUCACCUGAUCGAGACCCACGUCCACGACGAGGAGGAGCUGGAGGGCAGGACGGUGCCCCGGUACCCGUGCCUGUGGGUGAACGUGUCGGUGGCAGGCGAGUGGGCUGUGCUCUACCACACGGAGGACACGCGGGGCCAGAACCGUCAGUGCUCCUACAUCCCGGAGGGCCGGGACAGCUACCGGGCGGCGCGGGAGAAGGUGGAGGAGGCGCAGCGCCGGUUCCGGGAGCACCGGGCCUUCCCCUGCUUCGUGGAGCCGGGCGGCACUGCCCGCGAGGUGCUGUUCCGGCGGCGCUACGGGCCGCGGGCCCUGCUGGAGGCACUGCUCUGGCCCAGCUGCCUGCUCACGGGCGGCCUGCUAGUCAUCGCCAUGGUCAAGCUCAACCAGUACCUCUCGGCCCUGGCCGCCCAGAAGUAGCCCCGCCCGGCCACGCUCUCCCUGCGUCCAGCCCGGGGGCCUCUCUGGGGAGCGGCCCCUGCCCCCCGCCCUCCUGCCCUGCCCAAGCCCCACGCGUGGAGUCUCUGGGCUCCCCCCGGCACUAGCCUGCCCCGUGCUGGCCAAGUGACCCACCAGACCCCUGGAAACCAGCCCCGGGAGUGACCUCGAGACCCCCGGAGGAGCCCCGGGGACAGUGGGGUGCACGUCCCCCUCUGCCCUCAGUCCGGGCCUCUCAGAACUGCGCUCUUCGCCAGGAAAGCAGCCGUGGACACUCUGGACGGAAGCAGGUAGUGGUGACCCUCCGUGCCCAGGCACGAGGCCGUGGGGGCCAGGAGGGGUCCCACCAUCACAGAAGGUGCCUGUGGGGGGGAGGGGCACCGCAGGGACCGCAAGCGGCCAGCGGGUCUGAAGGAGGAGCUUCUCAGAGUGGGGCCCCGCACCCACGGGCGAGGCAAGGGGCCCUCUCGGGCCUGGUCACCAGGGGCAUCAGGACUGGACACGGCCCCCGGGGUGUCGGGCUCACACUGGCUGACCCAGAGGGACUCCAUGGAAAGCAAGCCUCCGGUGGCCACCCAGGGGAGCCCAGGGCGCCUGCCGGGACAGCGGCUUCCCAGCGCGCCAGGAGUGGACGAGCCACACGAGACAGUCACGCACGGACCCCAGGGCCCAGGCGGGCUGGGCCGGGAGGUCACCUGGCCUGGCGUCUCCAAGCACGCUGCUGCUGAGGACAGAUUUCUGGAGGCUCUGGGGCAGGGGCUGGGGGCAGAGGCUGGGCUACAGACACACGGACACUCUCAGACACAGACACCGCAGCAGGCGGAGCCCCGGAGGCUGACCGGCGGGGACAGCCCUCACUGUAGUGUCCACUGCAGCAGGGCCCCCAGGGGGGACAGAGCCACAGAGUCUGGGGGGCUGACUUCCCACCCGUGUUGACAGGAAGGGUCAGAGUCAGACGCACGGACAGAUGGACACAUGGACGGGCACAUACACACGCACAUGCACGCACGCACACACACACACACACACACACACACACACACACACACACACACACAGCUUCUCCCAGGAGUUCCGAACAGGGACACGUCACUGCUUGCUUCACGGGGUUCUUUUCUUCCUUCCUCUCCCCCCUCACUCUCAUUUCUAGAAAUGAUCUUUUUUUUUGAAAAAAAAAAAGAAACUAGGUGGUCGGACGCUGCCACCCGGGUAUAAUAACCCUCGGCACCCCCUGUAGUCCAACCCCUCCCACCCACACACGCCCCUGCCCGAGCCCACCAGGAGCACAGAGCUGGGGUGGACACCGAGCAACAGCAUGGCCCACCGGAAUAGUCGGACACGCCAGCCCGUCUGCAACGCAGAGGAGUCUCAGAAACACACGUGUGCUGAAGUGGGCCCGCGGUCACGCCGGCAGCUCCACGCCUGGGAAACUGUGCCCCAAGGGGGGGAACACGCAGAGCAGUAAAGGCACCUGCGCGCCCACACUCGUCGCUGCCCCCCCCCCCCCCCCCGCACGGAGCCAGAGCCUGGAAACAGCCCAGGUGUCCGGACCCAGCAGACCCGACCCGGCAGCUCUGAACUUGGACACUAGGGGAAAAAAAAAACCCAAACUCAGGCAUUUUGCUGCUCUGAGGAUGGGCCCGGAGAGGCCGCUGCGGAGUGAGGGGAGUCGGACAGGGCAACGGACAGGAGCCCAGGAGGGCGAAGAACGAAGGCCCCGAAGCAGGAGGAAGGAAGAGCAGGAGAGACAGUCCUCAGUGGGAAGCCGGAAUUGCCGGGACAGGGGGGAGGGGGGUGUGCCCUGCGCCCUGCACCAGGCCCUCUCUGGCCGCUGCAAACCACGGCGCCUGAAAGCAAUCAAGGAAAAGAAAGCAGCCCUCGAGGCGGGCGGGGCCACGGGAAAGCUGGGGACACGGGUGGCGGGGAG